AUGCUAAGAGCUGUGGAAGAGAGAGUGGCAGUGAAGGGUCGGAUGAUGACUGGAGUGUCUUGUCAGAAUGAUUUAAUGUCGAUUUCCCAAUUUUUCCAGCUAGUCAAAUUACGAAAGCUUGGACUUAGUGAUAAUGAAAUUCAGCGGCUCCCUCCAGAAAUAGCAAACUUCAUGCAGCUGGUGGAACUAGAUGUGUCUCGAAAUGAUAUUUCUGAAAUUCCAGAAAGCAUCUCGUUCUGUAAAGCACUGCAGAUAGCUGACUUCAGCGGAAACCCGCUGACGAGGUUGCCAGAAAGCUUUCCUGAAUUACAGAAUUUAACGUGUCUUUCUGUAAAUGACAUUUCACUGCAGUCUCUGCCUGAGAAUAUUGGCAAUCUUUAUAACCUGGUGUCACUGGAACUGAGAGAGAAUCUUCUUACGUAUCUUCCUGACUCUCUUACUCAGCUACGGAGACUAGAAGAACUUGAUUUAGGAAACAAUGAAAUAUAUAAUUUGCCAGAAUCAAUUGGAGCUCUCUUACAUCUGAAGAAUCUCUGGUUGGAUGGAAACCAACUGUCAGAAUUACCUCAGGAAAUAGGAAAUCUGAAGAACCUGCUGUGCAUAGAUGUCUCUGAAAACAGGUUGGAAAGACUUCCUGAAGAAAUCAGUGGCCUGACUUCAUUAAUAGAUUUAGUCAUUUCCCAGAACUUAUUAGAAACGAUUCCAGAUGGCAUUGGAAAACUAAAGAAACUGUCGAUCUUGAAGCUUGAUCAGAACAGACUCACACAGUUGCCUGAAGCAGUUGGGGAUUGUGAAAGUCUCACUGAGCUAGUUCUUACCGAAAACCGGCUCUUGACUUUACCCAAGAGUAUUGGAAAACUAAAGAAGCUGAGCAACUUGAAUGCAGACAGAAAUAAAUUAGCAUCUUUACCAAAAGAGAUUGGUGGAUGCUGCAGCCUGACUGUGUUUUGCGUGCGUGACAACAGACUAACUCGGAUACCUGCAGAAGUGUCACAGGCGACAGAGCUUCACGUCCUAGAUGUGGCAGGGAACCGGUUGCUGCACCUGCCUUUGUCCCUGACUGCCUUGAAGUUAAAGGCACUGUGGUUGUCUGACAACCAGUCGCAGCCUCUGCUGACGUUCCAGACAGACACAGAUCACAGCACAGGAGAGAAGAUUUUAACCUGUGUCUUACUUCCUCAGCUGCCUUCUGAACCCACAUGCCAAGAGAAUCUGUCUCGCUGUGGCGCGCUGGAGAGCUUGGUCAGUGAUGUCGCUGAUGAAGCCUGGAAUGAGCGUGCAGUCCACAGAGUCAGUGCCAUUCGGUUUUUGGAAGAUGAAAAAGAUGAAGACGACAAUGAAAUGAGGACACUUCUAAGACGAGCCACCCCACACCCAGGGGAGUUAAGGAGCAUGAAAAAGACAGUGGAAAAUUUACGGAAUGACAUGAAUGCUGCUAAAGGACUGGAUUCCAACAAAAACGAGCUUAAUCACACUCUUGACCGAGUGACCACAUCUGUGUAGAAGUGCGCCUCGAGUUUUACCUCCCGUGUCUUCCUCUGCUGUCGAGACGUUCCUGUCUGCUUCUGAGGAGCCCCUGUGACCCUUGUGUGACCAGCACCUGUGCAUCAUCUCCUGUGGAGUGUGGGACGCUGCUCUCUCCCAGGAAGUGCCUUACUCUCACUCACACCCAUGGUCUCCCGGCAUGAUUUCUUUUUUUAAUUGCAGUUGUUUGUACCAUGUAGAAUACACUACUGUAAACAUCGGACCUUUGUUUUUGUCUUAUGUUGGGGUAAGGGAGAGCAGGAAGGGGAAUGUUUGUCCUCCUCCCUUCUACAAAGUGCUGGGACAUUUGAACCCAAGUUCUCUUGGGCCUACUGAUGAGAGAGAAUUUUAUGUAUGGGGAAAAAUGGAUACUUUAAAAAAUCUUUUUUGGCAGCUCAGAUGGUGUAAAUUUAAAAACUUUGUAUAGGUUUCAUUAAAAAUGUAUUUCUUUUGUGUUAUUUUAUCUUGAAAACGGUACAUAUUUUAGUAUUUGUGCAGAAAAACAAGUCCUUAAGUAUUUGUUUCGAUUUGUACCAUCCACUUGUGCCUUACUGUAUCCUGUGUCAUCACGUCCAACCAGUUGUAAAUGGUAGCAUCCUUGGGCGGUGAAAUGAGACCAGGAAUGUGGUACUUUGAAAGCAGUGUUGUAUUUUAAUCAGUAAUCUACAUGGUGGAUUUGUUUUUAACCAAAAAGAUGAAUUACCAACAAUUUAUAAAUUACAUCAGUUGAUUUUUUUAAAAAAAAUGUUGAACCAAAGGAUUAGACUACUAAUAUUUCAUUUCUUACACUUUAACUUUUCCUGAAUGAAUCUCUUGUGAGUCCAGUGUUCAACUGUCCCUAUUCCGAAGGUGUAUACCCUUUGUAAAAUAAAAUACUGUAGAAAAGCACAAAAAGAAAAGCCUGAUUCAGAAAUUCAGUGGGUAAAUAAAUUAUGUACUGCAAAAGGAAGUAUGAUUUUUAAUUCAAGAAAGCUUUAAAGUUUUUAUAUCCAGAUAUGAAACCACAAUAAAGCAAAAUAAACUACUAUCAAAAUAGAAAUGUUGCUAUUUUUAUAAGUGCAAUAUAAUUUGUAAAUAGAAUUUGAAUCAAAUUAUAACAAAAUACUUCUUCAAGAUUUAAUUUUAAGUUUGCUAAUUUAAGGGGGUAAUGGGGUAUGUUUUGGUGUGUUUCUGCGGGUUUUUUUCUUUGGUUCUUUUUUGGGGGGUAUGCUGUGAUAAAAGAGAAAUGAAA